CCGACACCGACCACCGCUGCCCCCGCAGGUCGGCGGAUGGACCCGCAGCCCGGCGCCAGGAGCUGCAGCCGCGGGGCUCCCGCCUGCGAGGUGGGGCCACCCGAACCCCCCAUGAACCUCUACAUCCACACCACCACCGGCACCCGCUAUGAGCUCUCGGUGCCCGCCGAGGAGACAGUGGAGGGGCUGAAGCGGCGGCUGUCCCAGCGCCUCAAGGUGCCCAAGGAGCGUCUGGCGCUGCUGCACAAAGAGAGCCGCCUCAGCUCUGGCAAACUGCAGGACCUGGGGGUCGUGGAAGGCAGCAAGCUGACACUGGUGCCCACCGUGGAGGCCGGCUUGAUGUCCCAGGCGUCCAGGCCAGAACAGUCGGUGAUGCAAGCUCUGGAAAGCUUAACUGAAACUCAGGUCAAUGACUUCUUGUCGGGCCGGUCCCCUCUGACCCUGGCCCUGCGUGUGGGUGACCACAUGAUGUUCGUGCAGCUGCAGCUGGCAGCUCAGCAGAGCACUGGACAGCUCCAGCACCGGCACCUCAUCGCCAGCCGCGGCGAGGCGGGGGCCAGCGCCAGCCCCCACUGCCGGACACUGCACGGUGCCAGCGGCUCAGGCUUCACCCGCAUCCCUGUGGUCCCCACGUGCCAGCAGAGCCCGGCCCCCAGCCCCACGCCCGCCACGCCGGCCCCCCCCAUGUACUGUAACGCCCCUCACGCCGCUCCCGUCACCGCCGGCAUGUUCCGGUCGCACGGGGCCAGCACGCAGACGGUGAACAGCAGCGUGGUCUCCUCCUGCUCAGAGGUGGACUGUGGUUCCCGCAGCAGCAGCUCCCCGGGCAGCAGUCCGGCCCCCUCGGCCCGAUCCCGCAAGCCCGGGGCGGUCAUCGAGAGCUUCGUCAACCACGCGCCUGGGGUCUUCUCAGGGACCUUCUCCGGCACUUUGCACCCCAACUGCCAGGACAGCAGCGGGCGGCCGCGGCGGGACAUCGGCACCAUCCUGCAGAUCCUCAACGACCUCCUCAGCGCCACGAGACACUACCAGGGCAUGCCCCAGUCCCUGACACAGCUCCGCUGUCAGACACAGUUCUCCUCCUCCUCCUCUUCCUCUUCCUCCUCCUCCUCGCCGCCUGCCUCUCCGGACCUCGCCACCAAAACUACCUCAGAGCCGCUGCCGGCGGCCGCCGCCCCCUCCCUGCACCCCGUCGUCCAGUGCCAAAGCCAGAUCCGGAUGUGCAAGCCCAGUGGGGACCGGCUGCGGCAGACAGAGAACCGGGCGACGCGCUGCAAGGUGGAGCGGCUGCAGCUGCUGCUGCAGCAGAAGCGGCUGCGGCGGAAGGCGCGGAGGGACGCCAGGGCUCCGUACCACUGGGUGCCCAACCGCAAGGCCGGGCGCACCAACAGCAACAGCAGCGUCUCCAGCGAGGGCAGCCUGGACCUGGACUUCGAGGACUCGGUCUGGAAGCCGGAGGUCAAGGCCGAGAUGAAAUCCGAGUUUGUCGUAGCAUAGAGAGCUGGGGCCCCGGGGGACUGUGCCGGGGGGUCCCGCUCGCCGCCCCCGCCGUGGGGAGG